AUGGAAAGCUUGCACUCAGUAGAGUUAGAAAGUUCCGAUUCACACCAGAAGGCGACCUCCAUCAAAGAACCAGAAUCAGUUUCAAACGAAUAUCCACAUGGUUUCCGACUGGUACUCCUUGUUGGAGCUGUUAUGUUGACUGUCUUCUUGACAUCUUUGGAUCAAGUGAGUAUACGACACUGCUUCAAGAUCACGAUUGUCGCUCAACGCACCGUAGACGAUCGUAGGAACAGCUAUACCCAAGAUCACAGAUGACUUCCGCGGCCUCAGCCAGGUAUCAUGGUACGGAUCAGCCUAUUUCAUGUGCCUCGGCGGGUUCUAGUCCUCCUGGGGAAAAGCCUUCAAAUACUUCCUCUUGAAGUCGACUUUCAUCACAUCCAUCCUACUCUUCGAGAUCGGCAGCUUGAUUUGUGGAAUAGCUCCGAACUCCAUUGUGCUCAUUGUUGGUCGAGCGCUCGCUGGAGUGGGAGGAGCAGGUGUUUCGACGGGUGGGACUAUUGUACUCGCCUUCUCUACCGAACCUGAAAAGCGACCAUUACUGAUGACGUUUGUUGGAGUCUCAUACACCAUAGCCUCUAUUUGUGGACCAGUCAUGGGAGGUGUGUUUACCCAGCGCCUUACCUGGCGAUGGUGCUUUUAUAUCAACCUCCCUCUAGGUGGAACAGCACUUGCCAUACUGGCCAUAAUUUUCCAUACUCCACCCUCCGCCAAGCCACUCAAGGGGAGCUGGAAAGAAAAGUUUCUGCAAAUGGAUCCCCUAGGUAUCGCCUUGACCAUGGGAUGUUUUGUAAGUUUCAUUCUCGCACUACAGUAUGGAGGACAAUCUCAUGCUUGGAAUAGCAGCGUAGUCAUCUGUUUACUUGUUGCGUUUGUUACUCUAUUGGCCACGCUGAUCGCUUGGGAAAUCUGUUAGGGCGAUUAUGCUAUGCUACCCCCCAGAUUACUGAAGCGGCGUGCACUGUGGGCAGGAUGUCUCUUUCAGCUCUUCUUCUCGGGCUCCUACUUCAUCCUCCUGUAUUACAUUCCGUUGUUUUUCCAGAGUAUCAAUGAGAUGGGCGCUAUCAGAUCCAGUUUAAGCAACAUGCCUCUGUUUCUCGCUUGUUGUUUCGGUAUUGUGACGGGAGGAAUGACUGUCACCAAGACCCAUCAGGCAGCACCCUUUAUGGUCAUCGGCUCCGCACUUGCAUCGGCUACAAUGGGCCUUGUAUACAUGGCGGAUGCGGAAACAAGUGAAGGGAUGUGGGUAGUCUACCAACUUCUUCUUGGGCUAGUUUUGGCGUUCCCUUUCCAAAAUGCCAUAAAUAUCGCGCACGCAGAUGCGGACCCAGAGGAUGUACCAACAGUGUCUUCUACUAUCUACUGUAAGUCCCACCUAUCGUUCAAAGUUUCAAGCCAAGCUGACUUCUGCAACCAAAUCUUCCAAGUCCUUGGAGGGGCAUUCAGUACUUCCGCAGCACAAUCAGCCUUUGUCAACAGGCUCGUUUCGAGCGUUAUUACAAACGCCCCCGAACUGAGCCCACAACAAUUGAUCUUCACCGGUGCCACAGAGCUUCGAUCCGUCUUUCCCCCGAGCAACUUCCUGGUGUCUUGCAGGCGUAUUUGGAUGGUAUCAAAGCGUCAUUCGCGGUCGCUAUUGGUAUGA